UCUCCACAUGACAGGGGGGGAAGGAGGAAGUGGGGCGACCAGCGGGGCGCUGCCGCCCCCGCUCCGGUAGCCGAGAGUCGCGGGUAGCGGCAGCCGGCGGGGAGGCUCCUUCCUGCGGUGUUGCGGGCUGCCCGCCCUUGAGGACAGGCUCGCGUCCCCGUGCCGCCGCUGAAGGGAGGCGGGCAGGGAGCGGAGCAGCACAGCGCCCCGCCGGGCCGCGGCGUCUCGCCGGGGAAGUUUGGUGCGGGGCGGGAUCCCGCCGCCCUCCCCCGGGCGUCCCGCUUGCUGCGGAGGUGGCACCGGGCAUGAACGGCUUCGUCCCCGAGGAGGUGACCCAGCGCGGGGCAGACCCCGCGGCCGCCGCCGCCACCGCCGCGGUGGUGAGCAAUGCGGGUUCCGUCGUGGAGGUGCCGCCGCCGCCAGCGCUGCCGGGGCUGGCUCCGGCCGCCGCCGCGGGCGCGGUUGGCACCGGGGGUGCAGGCGGCCCCGGAGCCGGGCAGCUGUGCUGCCUGAGGGAGGAGGGGGAGCGGUGCGGCCGCGCCGCCGGCAACGCCAGCUUCAGCAAGCGGAUCCAGAAGAGCAUCUCGCAGAAGAAGGUGAAGAUCGAGCUGGACAAGAGCGCAAGACAUCUGUAUAUUUGUGACUUCCACAAAAACUUAAUUCAGAGUGUGAGAAAUAGAAGAAAGAGGAAAGGCAGCGAUGAUGAUGGUGACUCACCAGUGCAAGACAUCGACACUCCAGAGGUUGAUUUAUAUCAGUUACAAGUAAAUACACUUCGAAGGUACAAAAGACACUUCAAGCUACAGACCAGACCAGGACUUAACAAAGCACAGCUUGUUGAAAUAAUUGGCUGCCAUUUUAGGACUAUUCCAGUGAAUGAAAAGGACACCUUAACAUAUUUCAUCUACUCAGUGAAGAAUGACAAGAACAAACCAGACUUAAAAAUGGAUAGUGGGGUUCAUUAGAUGGCAAAGGUUGGGACUGAGACUCAGGCCACAAUUAAAAGACUGAGGGUUUUUGUUGAUAUACAAAAGCUUUCUUUGUAAUUUUUUCUCCCCAGAGACUUGUCUCUGUUUUAUUUUUCAUAACCUUGCUGAUUUGUUUGAAAAACAUCUCAUAUGAAACAAAUUUCCUCAGCAAAAGUAUUUUAAAUAAAUAUCACUGAUAUUGUUGCUCAA